AUGACAGUGUUUCCGAUCGGGUUACUGCUUCUAUCUCUGGCCAUGACUGCUGCUGUGGUUGAUGAAGCAGAGCGUCAGGAGGAGGUGCAUUUUAAUUUUCAGACAGACAAUGGCCAUCGUCGCUCGGAGGAUAUUACGUACAAGGUGAAAGUGAAUGCUGAUAAGCAGAAAAUAUCAGAGCCUAACGACCUGUCGACGCCAAAGUCUGUGGAAUAUCGUGGGGGUUAUAGCUUUAUUUCAGCCGAUGGCUACGAAUAUCAGGUGCUCUACAAGGCCAACAAGAAUGGCUUUCAGCCCUAUGUAACGGCUCAUAAGGUGAAACCCGCUAAGGAGAGUUCUUAA